UGCUCUUUGCUCUGGUUUUGGUGGUGAAGAUACCCCAGGGAUGUCUGCGUUCAACCUGCUGCACCUGGUGACGAAGAGCCAGCCCGCAGCCCUGCGAGCUUGUGGGCUCCCCUCAGGGUCAUGUAGGGAUAAAAAGAACUGUAAGGUGGUCUUUUCCCAGCAGGAACUGAGGAAGCGGCUAACACCCCUGCAGUACCAUGUCACUCAGGAGAAAGGGACCGAAAGUGCCUUCGAAGGAGAAUACACACACCACCAAGAUCCUGGAGUCUAUAAGUGCAUUGUUUGUGGAACGCCAUUGUUCAAAUCAGAAACCAAAUUUGACUCUGGCUCAGGUUGGCCUGCAUUCCACGAUGUGAUCAGUUCUGAGGCAGUUGCCCUCACAGACGACUUUUCAUACGGGAUGCACAGGGUGGAAACAAGCUGCUCCCAGUGCGGCGCUCACCUGGGCCACAUCUUUGACGAUGGACCUCGCCCCACCGGCAAAAGAUACUGCAUCAACUCGGCUGCCCUGGCCUUCGCUGCCGCCGCCUCCUCCUCCUCCUCCUCCUCCUCCUCCGCCGAGAGCAGCCGCGGGCCCGAGGGCGCCUGCGGGCUCAGCGGCCCGGACAAAGCCCAGCUGUAGGGCGGUGGAGGGGCGCAACAAAGCGUUCUUAAAUGCACAGCUCCCUCAAAGAGAAACCCAAGAUGGCCUAUCCUACUAGAUGUAUGUUUUCAAAACAGAUCAAGGCAGAGUUCUGCUGUUGGUAUUUUUCCUCCUUGGCUUAUCAGACAGAGGUGGCCUAUCAAAAUGCUGCCACCGUAUUUUGCUAUUGACUAGAACUGAACUGUUUUUAGCUGUCGGGUAUGGAGACGGCUUUGAGAAAGCCCCACCCAGGCCGGGGAAGGCCCAUUUGGCCGUUCUUCACGCCCCACAGCUGAUUCUGGGUUUGGGCUGCUUUUUCCUAGAGAAGCAGGGACCCGUCUCCACCGAGCCACUCCUACGGAGUCAAGGGCACGCAGACCUGCCCUGCACAUGUUCAGGCCUUUACACAGGAUGGAGCGAGGGCUUGUGAGGCUCCCCAACCUUGUGGAAAGUUUUAGCUAAGGUGGUUUAUUCUCACUAAAAGGGUGUGAAGGUCUAAAAUCUUUCCUUAUGUUAAAUUGUUGCCAGACCUGAGAGGGCACCCUGAAUGUUGUGGCAGAGAAGUAAACAUUACCUCACAGUUAGGCCUUUAUUUUAUUUUAUUUUCCAGCGAAAACCCUAGAUCGUAAGACAACUGUAAAAUGCUGAGCCCCCUCUUGUCCAGAGUCCACAAAGAAGCACGCCUGCCGCGGCUCUUUCAUCAGCCUUCCCCUCUGCACCCAAGGCCUGCCGCAGCGGAAGUGCGCUUUGGCGGGUGCCACGUUGCACAAGAGAACUUUAGAGACCAGACACUUCCUCAAGGAAGCAGGAAAUGAUAGAGAGCAGGGAAGACCAACGAGGAAGUCCUGGGUACUGAAAUGCCAGCUUUAGGCCGAAAAUCUGAAGAGAGAGUGCAAACAACCCACAGAGCCCCAAUGGGGUAGCCACCUUAAGCUCAGAGCUUUGGGUGCCCCUUUGAAAGAUGUUGGGGAUUAAAAUAGAAAGAACCCAGAGCGCAAGUCUCACCCUUGACAUUAAUUUGCUUUAUGACCAGGGGCAAGCCAUUGACCUUCUCUGUGCCUAUCUCUCCAUGUAUAAAAUGGGAGACUCAAAAUAUUUGUAAAAUGUAUGGGCACUCUCAGGGCCAUAAAUGUAUGGUGUUACUUUUGCACUUCAGAUCAGUAGUGUAACAUUCAACUGCUCUGGUUCUCACUGGCUCCGAGGAAGAAGCAGAGAGGACGUUGUCUUAGCUGAUUGGUGUGGAAACAGUUGGGCCAGAAGCCAGAAACUUUUCUUUGCAGUUGUAUGACUGGCUUUCCUCGGUCGGAGAUGCUGCCCUCAGUUGCUGACACCGGUGAGUCCAGUAGAGUGGAUGCCGGCUGGUGUGUGUGAUCCGCGAGGUUCUUGCAGGUGUUGCUUUGCGCUGAGCUAAAGUGAUGUGGCUGCAGCCACGUGUGGAGGUCUGCUUUGUAAAGGAUAGAUUGAGUCCGUGGCCUUGAAUGCGAAUUCUGAAAUGUAGUUCGGUUUUGUUUUUAAGAGCUGUUUUUGGUUAGCCUUUGAAAACUCGUGAAAAGCUGACACCCUUCUUGGUGAACACAAAUCGACAGAAAUAAGAAAGUGCCCAGCCAAUUUUGAAGGGAACAAGAAAACGAGAGAAACUAAAAAGGCACGUUGCAACAAAUCAAAAUGUCAAUGUGACCAUGCCCACAUUCUGCCACGACUCUACAACGCCUUUCCGUCAGGCCCCGGCCCUGGCUUCCUGAUGGCUCUUCACUGUCACCUGCACUCCACCUUUCUAAUUGCCACUCCUCUUUGGCUGUCAGACCCAGGGGCACUAGGGUGUCAAAUUGAGCAGCCAGCCCACUGAGGCCUCAGGGUCAGCCUAGAAAACCCUUUUCCCCUCUUCCCCCUUGCCAAGGGGCAUGGAGGGAGCCCCGAAUUUCACAGAAACUCCAGGGUCCUCCCGGGGGCAAGCAAAGAGUCAGGUCUCACAGAGAGCUUUGCUGCCUCUCCUGGGCUCCGUGCAGAACCGCCCCCACUGCUCUGGCUGUGUGCCGUGGCCUCCCUGGGGUCUGCUCGAUUAAGGGGGAUCAAUGAGGGCCUUCUACCUUCUCUCCUCACAGAUUGCGCCAUUGUCAUUAUCCCUUCAUGUCUAAAGUGGGACUUCACAGUCCCCUCAAAGCACUGUUUUUCCAAGUCCUUGUUCCAAGGAAAGCCAGUCCUCCUUCCCUUCAACUGUGAGAAAAUGCAAUAUCCACCGAGGGGGGGGGGAGUGCGUGGGAAUCGAGGAGUGUAUGCAUGUGGUUUAAUUCCAGAUUGCUUUUGGGUUUUAAGUGGUAUCAAAUUUCACUCUCUUUCUGUCUUAGGUUAAAGAAAUAUAUUGCUAAAACGUCAGUGAGCAAUAAUGCCAGCUGUUGAGCACUAAAUUUAUUUGUGCAGGAUAUAGAGUGCAAUGAACUGAGUCAAUAUGGUGAGGUGUAUGUGAUCUGCGGCAGUCACGCCAUCUCACAGGAAGGCACGAUGGAUUCCUUUCUGUGCCGUGAGAAGACGUGGGGUUCUGUGGAGUGAACGUUUACGCACAGUCAUGCACAAGAAGGGACGCCGCUGUACAUACUGUCUUAGCAUUUCUCUCUGUGUAAACCGUUCACUUCUGAGAUACCUUUAACUCUUGAAAUACAGUUGAUGUAGUUACUGAAAGCCUCUAUAUCGAUUAUAAAAUGCCUUGCUUUAGAUGGGGUGAAAGGGAUUAUCAUUUGUUUUGAAAGUCACACAUUGGUUUGGCCUUAGAUACCUUUAUAAUGAUUUUUCUCCAAACAGUUCAAAACUUUUGAAAACUGACAUGAAAUUUUCAGUACCAAAGCCCUUUUCCUAUAUCUAUUGUAUACAGAAAUGAUGCAAUAAAGUUUCUUUAUGAAAAUA